AUGGAGUCCGACCAAGAUGGAGGAGAGACACAACAUGCACCACCACCGGCGCCCCCUGACCCAGCAUCACCGGUGACACAUGGCACUCCACGGCCGACCAAUUCGCGGCCAACCGCCACUGAAACAGACAGCAAAGGAAGCGAGCACGACUCUCUCGUCACUGUUCGCCUUUCCGAGCCGCCGUCGCUCCAUCUGGAUACCGCCGUAGCGCCGAGCACCAUCAUCGUCAGAAAAAGCCCGGUUCCAUAUUAUGCCAUGAGCGACGCCAUGACCGAGACAGUAGAGGAGGACGAGGAUGAUGACAGUGAGUCGGAGAUUUUCGAGCCUGAGAUUUCGGCCUCGAAACGCAGGCCGAAUCUGCUGCAGGAACUCGGGCAGGUGGGCGCCAAAUACGCAGACGAAGACGGAGACGGGAAAAAGCGUCACGGUUCAUGCUCCAGCUCAGGCUCGGAGCAUGUCGAUUGGGACGCACUACAAAAGAAGGAGGAUCUCGAAUCAAAGGGCCAGGUAUUCAACAAUACCACGGCGUCACUGCUGGCCAGACUGGAACAGGAAAACGAUAGGAAUGGCACAAAUCCGAAGAGCAUCAACGUCAAAGCGGCCGACAAGCGGCCAUUUCGCGAGAGCAGGCCCAGACCACCCUCAAUGGCGCAGCUGCGCAAGAUGCUUAGCGGGCAGACGCCUCCAGCCCUCCGAUACUCGACAUUGCCGCCACCGCCCAUGACCGAGCUGGAGUUCUAUUUGGCGUUGGUCAAAGAUCCCAAGCAGACUGCCGCCCGGCUACCGACCCUGCUCUCCAACAAGGUCAGGAGGGGCAUCCCGCCACCGCUGCGCGGUGUGGUCUGGCAGAGCAUGGCCGGCGCCCUGGACAGCCGUCUCGAGGAGAUUUUCGAACGACUAUCUGGCGAGUCCAGCCCAUAUGAGGGCGUUAUCAGCAAGGAUCUCGGACGAAGCUUCCCUGGCGUCGACAUGUUCAGAGACCCCGACGGAGACGGCCAGCGGAUGCUCGGUCGGGUCCUCAAGUGCUUCAGUCUUUACGACACCAAAAUCGGCUACUGCCAAGGACUUGCUUUUCUCGUUGGGCCGCUGCUGAUGCACAUGCCGGACAAACAGGCUUUCUGUGUCCUGGUCAGGCUGAUGGAAAACUACGAUCUGCGCCAAUGUUUCGUUCCCGACCUCUCCGGGCUGCACAUCCGAAUUUACCAAUUUCGCGAGCUGCUGCGACAACGUCUGCCCGCUUUGUCGGCCCAUCUGGACGAUUUGCAGGUUGAACCAGCCUAUGUUUCACAAUGGUUCCUGUCGUUCUACGCCGUAACGUGUCCCCUGCCAAUGCUGUUUCGCAUCUACGAUGUGGUUUUCGCCGAGGGCGCAUCGGAGACUAUCAUGCGGGUGGCACUGUCGCUCAUGCGCAAAAACCAGGCGCGCAUCCUGGCCUGCACCGAGAUGGAGGACGUAAUGCAGCUGCUGCUGUCGCGGGGAGUUUGGGACUGCUACAACUACAACGCCGACGAGUUUGUCUCCGACUUUGUUGCGCUGGCCGAUGUUGUCACAAAGGAGCAAAUGACAGCGCUCGAACAGGGGUAUAAGGAGGCUAAGAUUAGCUCAAGCGCCAAUCACCGGGGGACAGAGGCGGCACAACAAGCGUCGGUGGAUGUCACCACCGCCGCCUCCCGUUUCCUCGGUCGCAUUUGGGCUGCUUCCUCGUCUACACCCCGAUUUGCCACCUUUGCGGCAGCAGCUCAGGCUUCGGGAUCCGCGCCCGCCAGCAUCACUCUCAACCCUGGACUUGGCACUGUGUCCCGCCCGCUCAGCAUGCUUCGGCGCAGCACGUCGAAGCAGAGCCUCUCUUCAAUGGACGCUGUUUCGUCCACGACAUCAUCCGCCGCCAGUGUUCUCAGCUCCGUGUCGACCGAAGCGACCACCAUCUCGCGCGACAGCUCCGCCGACGAUCCGCCCAGGGAGUCUGCCCCGCUGCCGUCCAAGGCCGUGCCGACCGCCUUUUCGGGAAGCGUCAAUACAUCAAAGGAUGGCAGCAAGUACCUACACAGCCAAAUCGAGGAUUUGCUCACUGCGCUUAGCGAGCUCCAACGAAACCACAGCUUACUGGCCAGCCAGUUACAGAGGGAGCAGGAAGAGCGCGAGGAAGACCGGCGGGCCGUCUGCUCGCUCCUCGACGGGUUGCGCAGGAAGGCAGUCGGACGCGACGAAGGCGACGAAACGAUACUCAACAGUUCCGAUGACCAAGCGGUGUCCGCGGCCUCGGACCCUGCGAAGCCUACCGCGGAACAGUUAUCCGACUUGCUUGACAUUGUUCAGGAGCGAUUUAAUGAACCGGCCGCUAGCCCCACGUCGACCCCCGAGACGAAGCUGCAGCUGCGAUACGAGUUGGCUCGGGCAAAAGAACAAUUAUCACAAGAACGGGCAAAGUCAAAGGCGUUCAAUCGGAAGGUUCAGGAAAUGGAACAAGAGAUGGCCACCAUGAGGGAACAGCUAAGGGAAACCCAUGCGCAUGUUCGGAACGUACACCAGGAGAAGCAGCGCCUCGAGAGGCAGAUACACGGAAUGCGCAUGCGGGCUUCGGACACGCCAGCCAGCGUAGAGAAGAACCAAUGGUUUCCCAAGGCAGCCGGCGGCAGCAGCGCGCCUGCGGCCGGACUCCGCGAGCUUAAGCUCAACCGCAGCCAUUCGACGCCCUCCCAGACGCCCUCCAUUUACAGCAACAAACGCGCAUCGUCGGCGACAAUACAGAAAAAGACGAGCAGCGAGUCGCUGGCUGCGGCAGCUGCGCAGCCCCCGAUAAACGAAACCGACGCCCUCCUGCUCGAGCUUGUCCAGGCGAAAACCGCGGAAGCAGUCGCCCGGCAGGAACUCGAAGAGGCGAAACAGAAGCUGGAGCAGCUUCGCAAGGCAUUUGGUCUCGCGCCAGGGGAGAUGGCCCCCCGGGCGAACAGCGGAAGUGGAGCGGCAUCGGCGGCGAUGGGUAUGCUUGGCCGCUUGACGGGGUCGACCACCACUCCUGCGGGUUCAGAGUCGCCUGUCAAGGUGUCUACGCCUCCGGCGACAAAUAAUGCGUCGGGCGGCGGGUUCUGGGGCUGGAGGAGGUGA